AUGGGGCACGGCAGGACAUUCCCUGCCAGCAGGUGGCGGCUGAGCUCGCCACAGAGCUGGGCGCAAGACUGGCUGGCGUCGAGGUGGUCAAGCACUACCCCGAGCAGUUCCUUGUUCGCUUCGUGUAACCAACACCACUGCGCCGACGCCGUGUCCCGCGGCCACCUUCGGGGCACCGGCCACCGCAUCUACGUGCGAGAGUGGAGGCUCGAGGCUCAUGCAGACAACGAAGACCAGCUCCAUCAUGUUUGCCUCUGCUUGGAAGGUGUCCCUAUCCACGGCUGGAACAACUACAUCGCCACCUUCCUCAUCGCCUGCGGAUGCUCGCUUGACUACAUCGAGCAGCGAUCGCGUCACAAGGAGGACACCAGAGACCUGGCACUCUGGGCUUGGACGGCGAACCCCAACGCCAUCCCCAAGGUUAAGUGGCUCACACUUCCGGCCCGCGGUCACCGCUGCCGUGGACGGCGGGGCCUCCGCCAUCGCGUCCUCAUCCACCUCGACCUCCACGAGGACCACUCCAAGGCCGGCGACGACGACGACAACCCACCGCCACCAGACGUGCAUGAGUUCACCUGGUACAGGAAGGUGGUCGAUGGCACCUUUGUUCCGCGAGAGCGCCAUCCAGCUCAGGGGUGCGCUGAGCGCCGUGCGGACAGACGCGAAGACGACGGCGACCGCGACGGAAGGCGCGGACGUGAAGGAGGUCGCCCUUGGGAAGGCUGGGGCACCAGGUCCGACGCUCGCUUUCCCGCAACCCGCGUGAGCGCCAGCGCGAGGGGGGCCAAGACCGCACCAGAGACAGGUCCGGUGGACGCCGCCAUGACAGCACCAGUGCUGCUGUUGUGGCCACCCCUCUGGCGUGUGCUGCCAUUCUGCGGGGAUCGGGCUCGGGCAGUGAUGAGCCGGUCCGCGCCCUCGAGCUCCUGGGCGCCCAUGAGCCGAGGUGGCCUCACCCUGCAGAAGGUCAAGCGGUCCGGCACCCCUGUUGUGGCCAUGGCGUCUAAGGCUGCAAAGAAGCUCGUUUGCCGGAUGAUGGGAAUCACCAAAAAUGGAGAGGACGUGACUGAAGCCAUUCUUGACGAGUUCACGGCCAAGUUCAAGGAGCAGCUAGCCCCUGAAGUGAUUCUGGCAAUGAGAGAGUUCUUCCACCUCGAUGACUCGGCCGUCAACGACGUCGAAGAUGCUCUAAUUGAUCAUGGCGGCACCGGGGCUCUGGAGUUGGCCCAAGAUGGUGUUGCGGCUCAGGACAACCAAGGAUCGCAGCCGUCAGCGGCCUGA